GUAUGAUUUGAUUUGGUGAGCCUCGCCAAAAACUGAAUCAUUCAAAGUUGUGUGGCAUGUGACCGCGCGCUUCCAGACCUAAAUCCGAAGACUAAAACCUCCCCACACCGCACUCCGCACUAACUAACACGCAAACACCAACAAAGCAUCUCUUUUCUGUUCUCUCUCAAUUGAAAACAUAAAAACAAAAAUUACAAACUUACCCCGCCGUGGAAGCCACCUUCGCUUUCUGCUUUCGGUGCUUCGCCAUCAUCAACGACGGCGAUCGCGGCGUCUCGCCUAUCAUCUCCACCACUAGCAGGUACGCCCGCCGUCCCUCACCGAUUAAAACCGACGAUUCGGAUCCCACUAAGGAUUCCGAAUUCGCAUUCGGAUCUCACAAAUCCUCAUGCUUCGCGAAUCCACCAUCUCCCUCUUCCUCUUCUUCUUCUUAUGCUGUCAUGCGGAUCCGGAGUGCACGCGGGUCAGCCCGCUCGUCGAUUUGGAGUUCGACUUCAAGAUGGUUCAGCACCAGCUCAGAGGCCGCAUCAAGGUCCUCGACGAUUGCUCCUUUAGGGUUUCACAAUUUGACAUGCUCUCCGGCUCCGACGUUCAUUGGUGGGGCGCCCUCGCCCCUGAUCUUGAUAACCUCACCAACGGAUUCGUCAUUUCCGAUCACCGCUUGAACCAAACUUUCGCCAAUUCCACCUUCGUUGUGCGCUUGCUCAACAACGUUACCUGGAGCAUGAUCCAGGUCCUUGCAGUUUGGGAUCGCCCUACCGGCUCCGAUUUUGGCCACAUCGUCCUCGAAGAGUUAGCCAAUGUCACUGAGGCAUCUCCCGCACCCGCUCCGGCCGGCGGGGACGGGAAAGGAAAAGGUGAGGUUCGUAUUCACACUGAGCCGACAAUGUUUGAGAAUUGCAAGGUUUUGUCUGAUAAUUUUAGGCUAAGGUGGAGUUUGAAUGUGGGGGAGGAUUCCAUUGAGAUUGGUCUCGAAGCUGCAACUGGGAUCAUGAAUUACAUGGCUUUUGGCUGGGCAAACCCUAAUAACACUGGGUCUGAGCUCAUGGUUGGUGCUGAUGUUGCUGUUGCAGGGUUUAAGGAGGACGGGUUGCCAUUUGUGGAUGAUUUCUUCAUCACCAAGUAUAGUGAGUGUGUCACAGAUAGCAAUGGAUCUUCAGAAGGGGUUUGCCCCGAUUCGAUCUAUGUUGGUCCUGAUAGAGUUGGUUUGGUGAAUAAUACUGAGUUGAUUUUUGGGCAGAGGAAAGAUGGAGUCACAUUUGUUAGAUAUAGGAGGCCAUUGAGUAAGGUUGAUGGGAAGUAUGAUCACCCUGUGGAUCCUUUGGCUAACAUGACGGUUAUCUGGGCAAUGGGCAAGAUUAGGCCUCCUGAUACCCUUCAGCAUCACUAUCUUCCUCAGAAUCAUGGCGGUCUUCCAUCUCAGAAUUUCGGGCAUUUGGUUCUGAAUGUUUCUGAGCAUGUGAAUGAUUGUCAUGGUCCCCUGGAUGCUGAGGAUAAAGAGGAUCAAGAUGUCAUCAUUGCUGAUGGUAAGGUUCCGUUGGUUGUUUCGACUGGUCCAGCACUGCAUUAUCCAAAUCCGCCAAAUCCGGAGAGGGUUCUUUACAUCAACAAAAAGGAAUCUCCUGUGUUGAGGGUGGAAAGAGGGGUGCCUGUCACGUUUUCCAUACAAGCCGGGCAUGACGUUGCAUUUUAUGUUACUUCUGAUCCAAUCGGUGGAAAUGCUACUGUGAGGAAUCUAACUGAGACAAUUUAUGCUGGAGGUCCUGAGGCUCAUGGAGUUGUAGCCAGUCCUAAGGAGUUAGUUUGGGCACCUAACAGGAACACUCCCGACAAGUUAUACUAUCAUUCAUUGUUUGAGCCGAAAAUGGGUUGGAGAGUUGAGGUUGUUGAUGGGGGUCUGUCUGACAUGUAUAAUAAUAGUGUUCUUCUUGAUGAUCAGCAGGUUACUUUCUUCUGGACAUUGUCAAAGGAUUCCUCCAUAUUUAUUGCUGCUCGUGGUGAGAAAAAGAGUGGUUAUCUUGCAAUAGGAUUUGGAAGUGGAAUGGUAAACACUUAUGCUUAUGUAGGCUGGAUAGAUGAUAAUGGUCUAGGUCGAGUUGACACUUACUGGAUUGAUGGAAAGGAUGCUAAAAGUAUACAUCAUACGCAUGAGAAUUUGACAUAUGUGAGAUGCAGAACAGAAAAUGGUAUUAUUACCUUGGAAUUUACACGUCCACUGGACCCAUCAUGUGAUAGGAGCAUUAGGCCAGAAUGUAGCAAUAUUAUUGAUCCCACAACUCCACUUAAAGUUGUUUGGGCAAUGGGAGCUAGAUGGAGUAAUGAAAAUCUUAGUAACAUGAAUAUGCAUUCAGUCACGAGUAGUAGGGCUAUUAAUGUACUGCUGAUGCGUGGCUCGGCAGAAGCAGAGCAGGAUUUACUUCCAGUUUUGGCUGUGCAUGGCUUUAUGAUGUUUCUGGCAUGGGGUAUGUUGCUUCCUGGAGGUAUAUUGGCAGCUAGAUACUUGAAACAUCUUAAGGGUGAUGGCUGGUACAAGAUUCAUGUUUACUUGCAAUACUCAGGAUUAGUAAUUGUUCUACUUGCCCUUCUUUUUGCUGUUGCUGAGCUUCGGGGUUUUUAUGUCACCUCACCACAUGUUAAAUUUGGAAUUGCUGCAAUAUUUUUUGCUUGUAUACAACCAGUGAAUGCAUGCCUACGGCCUCCAAAACCAAAUAAUGGGGAGCAUCCAUCUUUGAAAAGGGUUAUUUGGGAAUACUUUCACAUUAUUGUUGGCAGAACUGCUUUUGUUUUAGGCCUUGCAGCACUUUUUAGUGGCAUGAAGCAUUUGGAAGAAAGAUAUGGUGAGGAAAAUGCCAACGGACUCAUUUUGGCAAUGGUGGUUUGGUUCGUACUCGGUGCAUUCAUUGUGUUUUAUUUGGAAUACCGUGAGAGGCAGCGAGUAAGGGGCCGGAUAUUUGGAAGAAGCAAUUGGGUGCUUGGUAAUGCCGAGGAAGAUGAUUCCCUUGAUCUAUUGAGCCCAUCCAGGGCACAUGCAGAGAAAGAGUCACAAACCUCUGCAACAAUGGAAGUCCAGCUAGAACCUUUGAACAGAUAGAUGCAUGUUUUUGAACUUCUGAUUCGAACUCUCUGUUUUGCUACAAAUUUUGGCAGAUUUUGAGUUGUCACGCUAAUUCAUGAGGCAUUUUUGAGGUCUCAGGGGAGCACUUGCUGUUCAAUACCUCGUGUUCCACCCAUGAUGCCAUCUUUUGUGAAGAGUAGCUUUCCGAUAGAUUCAUACAUGUUCAGCAGAAUAGGUUAUAUCAUUUCUUCAUUGUAGCUGCUUUUAUUCUUCCCAAACCCACCAAAAAGAAAGAGAGAGAAGAAAAUCAGUCAUUACAAAGUCAAAGCAUACUUGUGGAUUAAUUUAGGAGGCUGUCGUAGACAAAAAGCUUUGUUUAUAUUAUGAGAUGCAGGAAACUAAUACAAAGUCGUUUAUUUUUUGUUUCAA